GAAAAAGUCGAUUCAUUUCUUCUUCUUACUCGUAAAGGAUCUCUGAUCUCGAUCCAGAUCCGCUGCUGCUUAUCUCGAUCGGUUUCGAGUGUUGAUCCUCGGUGAAGAAGCUGCGUUGAUUUUCCUGGGGAGUUUGAUUAGUCUCUGUUCGGUGGUGAUUGGAUCAUAAAGGUCUUUCCUUUUUAGGGUUGAGAGGUUGAUAUGAGUGUUUCCGGAAGCUCUUUCUUCUGGGUUUUGAUUGGAAUCGGAGGAACUGUGAUUGAACAGUGUUAGUUUUGUUCGGUUGAGUAAGAAAAAAAGAUGAGGUUUUGGAGGGAACGUGAAAGGGAAAGUAAAGAGCAGAUCUUAGCGCCAUUGUGUGGCCAAGUUCGAGUCUUGGUCGUUGGUGAUUCAGGUGUGGGAAAAACAUCACUUGUACAGCUCAUCAACAAAGGUUGUUCUAUUCAACGCCCAUCUCAAACCAUUGGAUGCACAGUUGGUGUCAAGCACAUAACUUACGGGAGUCCAGGUAGUUCUUCAAGUAGCAUUCAAGGAGACUCAGAGAGAGACUUCUUUGUUGAGCUCUGGGAUGUAUCAGGUCAUGAAAGAUACAAAGACUGCCGCUCUCUCUUCUAUUCCCAAAUCAACGGAGUUAUAUUUGUUCAUGAUCUCUCUCAGAGAAGAACAAAAACAAGCCUGCAGAAAUGGGCGUCUGAGGUUGCAGCGACAGGAACUUUCUCAGCUCCUUUACCCUCAGGAGGAGGUCCAGGUGGUCUUCCUGUUCCGUACAUUGUUGUUGGUAACAAAGCAGAUAUUGCUGCAAAGGAAGGAACGAAAGGAAGCAGUGGGAACCUUGUUGAUGCAGCUCGUCAUUGGGUUGAGAAGCAAGGUUUGCUUUCCUCAAGCGAAGAUCUUCCUCUCUUUGAAAGCUUUCCUGGUAAUGCCGGUCUCAUAGCGGCUGCUAAAGAAACUAGAUAUGAUAAGGAAGCUUUGAACAAGUUUUUCCGGAUGUUGAUAAGAAGAAGAUAUUUCUCAGAUGAACAACCAGCAGCUUCACCGUGGUCUAUUCCAACCUCAUCAUCCCAACGGUUAGAUGAGAUCACAAGUGAUGAAGAUCAGUUAUACAAGAGAACAAGUUUCCAUGGAGAUCCUUACAAGUACAACAACACGUUACCGCCACUUGCAGCACAAAGGAACCUAACUUCACCGCCUCAUACACUCUAUCCACAGCAGCAGCAGCCAGUGUCUACUCCUGAUAGCUACGCUGUACCGAGAUUCUCUCUUUCGAGUUUACAAGACACAAGUAACAAUGGUAGUGGUAGAUCUAAGCGAAUGGAUAUUAACGUUUGACAUCUCUUAUGAUGAAUCUAUGUUGCUUUUGGAUCCUUUUAUUCUUUUGUUAUUGUUCCAUUGGUUUCUUUCUUUCUUUGUGGUUGUAGGUGGUAAAGUACUAAAGUGAAUAUGUGUGUAAACCAAAACCCUCUUUGGAUUGUUUUUAUAACAAAAACCAAUUCUUUGACAGUGUUUUUAUUUU